AUGGGUCCGCGCCUUGCACUCCUUGCCAGCUGUCAAAGUGCCACCGCCAGCACAAAGUCUCCGAUUGGCACGUUCCUCCCCCCGUCACACCGCUUUGCUACCGUGCACAUCGACAUCGUGGGCCCCCUCCCUCACUCUCAUGGCCAACGAUACAUUCUCACAUGCGUGGACCGCUUCACCCGUUGGCCAGAGGCAACCCGCAUGGCGGAUUCAACGGCUGAAACGGUCGCUUCCAAGUUUCUUUCCUCCUGGAUCGCCCGUUUCGGCGUGCCGACGGAAGUCGUCACUGAUCGCGGUCCCCAAUUCGAGAGCCGCCUAUUCACAGCAUUCACCAAGCUCCUUGGUACCACGCGCCUCCGCACCACCGCGUACCACCCUGCCUCCAACGGAUUGGUGGAGCGUUUGCAUCGGCAUCUCAAGCAAGCCCUGAUGGCCCGCGGCGCGCCCCAGCACUGGACCGAGAAUCUGCCGCUGGUCCUCCUCGGCAUUCGCGCGCCUUGA